AUGGCGGAAGCUGGAGCCAAAUCCGUGCUGGGUACGAUCAGUCGGGGACACCUCGAAUGCACGAUUUGUUGCUGUCGUUUUACCGAUCCCAAGAUGCUGGACUGUCUUCACAGCUUCUGCCUGAACUGCCUGGAAGAGCUAAUCGGCAGUCAGCAACCCAAGGCAGGCGAGAUUACUUGCCCAGUUUGCAGGCGGGUAACUGCGGUAGCAGACACCGGAUUGCAGGGGCUACCCAACUGCUUUUUCCUGAGUUCCCUCGUCGAUGAAUUCAACAAGCAGGAGCGGUUGCUAGGAGACGCGCCAGCGGAUACUGGUAUAUGUGAGCAAUGUGACGAGGGCUUAGAAGCCGUCUUAAGCUGCUUAGACUGUAGCGGGGACAUCUGUCAGAAAUGUUUUGAUGCCCAUCAGAAACUGAAAUCUACUAAGAAACAUCGGAUCGUCAACUUGGAUCGAAGUAGAUCACAGGUACCUCUUGCGGAACUUCGGAAGAAAGAUACACUGCAAUGUAAAAAGCACACUAACCAAGAACUCUGUUUUUACUGCGAAACAUGCAAGACAUUGGCGUGUGCGAAAUGUGUUGCAUUGGAUCACCGGACAGCGGAACAUGAAUACAGCAAAGUCGCAGAUGCCAUACGAUCGUACCGAAAAGAUGUCAGCAACAUUCUGCAAAAGUUCAAACAGAGCAGAGAGGAAUUCAGAGUUACUGACGAUGCACUGACGCAUGAGAGAAACCGGUUGAGAAGUAUGGUUACUCAGGCUUGCACAGAAAUAACCUGCAACGAAGAAGAACAAAUUGAAAAGAUCAGAAACAAAGCGCGUCAACUCAGAGACAGAGUAACGCGAAUCGGAGACGAACGAGGUAAGAAGUUCGAGGAAAUCCAGAAAGGCAACCGUGACAAGAUGGAGCGGGCUGAGCUAAUCGUAGCGACAGUCAACGACUUGAUGCAGCAAGCUGACGACUUCGAGCUUUUGGACCUCAAACCGAAGGUGAUGCACAACUUAGAGUUCCAGGAGGAAGUCGAAUUGCAACAGGCAAAGCAUGAGCUCUCGUUCAUCGCUGUCAAAUGUGAAGAUGUCGUGGCACAAACAGACCUCGGUGAGAUACUACAAAAAGAAAAGUUGGAGUUAAAAAAAAAGUUUGGUAUUAAAGGACGGGGGAGAGAUGGAGAAUUUUGUGGUGGAACAGAUGUAGCGUGUCUACGGAAUGGUGACAUUGUCGUAACAGACAGUUAUAGAUAUCAGUUGAUGAUGUUUACUUCCGCUGGGAAGUAUAAAACAUGUGGUGGUGGGGAAAUGUUGACUGACCCCUGGGGAGUAGCUGCGACUUCUGAUGACCUACUUCUGGUCACUGAUAAGAAGCAUGUCAAGAUAUUAGAAAGUGAUCUUAAGGGGAUCGCUGUGGACAAGAAGAGUCGCAUAGCCGUAGCAGACAGAGGGAGAAAGCUGAUAUUUCUCCUCCAUCUGGAUGGGUCCUUGAUUUCAACCAUUCCGCAUGACAUGGUCAAUUGCGAUUUGGCAAUCGGAAUUAGGGACCGCUUCAUCUUCACAAACUACAAGGAGAGCAAGUUGAUUUGCACUACCUGUACCGGAAAAGAAGUGUACAAUGUCAACAUUUUACCUGCCUGGGAACAAGCAAAACCUCGUGGCGUGUGCUGCGAUGAUGCAGGGGACAUUUAUGUUGUCGUUGAUCUCGAAGGAGGUGUAGGGAUCUUUCAAGUGCUCCAAUUUUCACCCGGAGGAGUCUUUAUUAGGCGGGUGACUGUUGAACUUCCAGAUGGCGGUGGCAUGACAUUCUCGCGAAGCGGAGACCUUGUGAUGGCUGGUUGCUACAUUGUCCAAAUCUUUCAGUGGGUACGUGCGAGCUGGAUAUAG